CUGGCUUUUUCCAUCUCCAUUAUUCACAUUUACUUUUCACGCUGGCUCUUUGGUUGAGUUUAUUACUGCCAGUUUCUCGAUGGCUGAAGCCCCUAGUGAACUUGUGCUUUAUGGGGAUAGUCAAUUGCUUGAAGAGCCAGAACUGCGCAGUCUGCACCUUAUCGUGAACACAAUGGUGACAACACGAUCGGCAACAGAAACUAGCCGCAACUCCCAUUAUCGAGCCUUCGCAUCUUCGUCAAGAGCCGAAAUUGGCUCCCAUGCCCCGAACACGCCGCCUUCUAAUGUACCAAGGCCGGGAGCGAUAAGCAAUCCUUUUGCCCCAAGCCCAGGAAGGCUAAGCGAUCCUUUGGCCCCGAAGCUGCCUCGCUGGUCACACGUUAGAACACGAUAUAGGACUAGUACUCGACGAAUUUUCCAGCUUGACGAGAGCCAAGAGGCCAAUACCUCAGCGAAAGUACGAAAAGGAAAAGGCAAACAAAAGGCCGUUUCGAAAGGCAUCACCAAGAAGCAGACGAAAGCAGAAAAAGCCAAAGCUUCUCAAAUUCCGCAACUGCAAAAGCAAGAGAGGGCCAAAAAGCUCCAAGCAAUUAAGGCCAAGCGCAAGGCCAAACAACAAAAAAAUGAUACCAAAGCCAAGGGCACCAGUAAGGCCAAACAACAGAAAACCGAUACCAAAACCAAGGGCACCGGUAAGGCCAAAAAGAAGCAAAAGAAAACCAAUACCCCUCAACAACGAAAGAACCGCAAGGCUAAUGCUCGUCAAGCAGCUUCCGAUGACUCUGACAGUGAUGAGUAUUUCUCUGCCGACGACAAUCCAGCUUUCCUUCUUGGACCCAAGCGACACAAAACUGUUGCUCAUUUGGGCAUGCCAAGCGACAGGAUGGCGGCUUCCUCGACCUUUCAAGCUCCAAUGCUUGCUGGUCUCGGCGAAUCUGAUCUCGGCGAAUCCGAUCUCAGUGAUAUGAGCGUGGAUAUGGGUCGCAUGCAUGUUACUGUCGAUGGACAGCCUCUUAGUACUGCAGCCACGGAGACCACCGUUGGUUCAGAUACUUUGCCCUUCGUCUUGGAUGCCGAACCAAGUGAAGUUGACUACGUCGAGACUAGGAGGGACAUCUUGCCUCGACGACGUGGUGGUCGAAGAGGCCGAAAUAAGAGGGUCAUUCGCGGUGAUGAUCUGAUUAUUGAUGAUAGUCAAGAUGAUGUGAAUGACGAGCAAAGGGCCCUGGAAGAAGAUUACAUGAUGCAUGCUGAAGGUGAUAUCGAUGGGUAUCAGACCUUGUCACUGGAUAGAGAUCCGAUAGAGUAUGACAUUCCCAUGUCUGCUUUAUUGGAUCCGUCUAUUCCACAGUAUGACCGAUUCCAUGAACUUCUGCCCGCUCAUGUCUACACAGAUGAAGACCCGUCAGCUCGAUCUGCGGGUUUUCUUCCAUUGACUCAUCUCAAUAACGCGUCCUCUAGUACUUUUUCGACAAAUGGUUCCGGCCGGGGUAUAAAAGACACGUGUUUCAAUUGGACAUACCAAGACUGAACCAAUCUUUUAUUUUCUUCUUAGAUUUGCGACGAAAGAUGAUAUUGCCACCAUCAAUGAAAAAAUCCUACUAUGUGCCUUACAACUUUGGUUCUAGUGACCUAGAAUACAACAUUGAAAAGUAAGUGUACGAGCUAAGUCUACGGCAUAUUCAGGUGUUGUAUU